AUGAAUAGCCUUGAGUUGAAAGGGGAAGAUGACACACUAAGUGAAGAGGAGUUGAAAAGGAGAAAGGAUUUGCAAGAAGAAUUUUGGAAAGUGAAUAACUUCAAUGAAUCUCUUCUAAGGCAAAAAGGCUUCUAUGAAGUGGAAUAUGGAGGGGAUUGUAACACUAGAUUUUUUUUUCACAAUGUUGUCAAUAGGAGGAGGAAAAAGACUAUGCUUAGAGGAGUAAACAUUAAAGGUGCUUGGCUUGAUGAUCCUAUAAGGGUGAAAGAAGAAGCAAAGAAGUUCUUUGAAUUGAGAUUUAGAGAAGAUCAAAGGUGGAGGUAUAGGCUUGAUGGAGUGCCUUUCAACCAAAUCUCCAAGGAAGAUAAUUCAUUUUUGUUGGCUAAUUUUGGAGAAUUGGAUAUUAAAGAGGUGGUUUGGGAUUGUGGUAAUUUAAAAUGCCCGGGAUUGGAUGAAUUGAAUUUCAAAUUCAUCAAGCAAUUUUGGUAUUUCUUCAAGGAUGAUGUGAAGAGAUUCUUAGAUGAAUUCCACCAACAUGGAAGGCUUCUGAGAGGUACUAAUGUUUCAUUUAUUUCUCUUAUUCCCAAAAUUGAUGAGCCACAAUGA